AUGCCUCAUCAUAAGGGAUACAGAGCUAAGACAAGAGAUCUGUUCUCCAAGCCAUUCAGAAGACACGGCCCAGUCCCUCUUUCCAGGACUAUGGUGACCUUCCAAAGAGGUGACUUCGUUGACAUCAAGGUUGACGGCUCAGUUCACAAAGGCAUGCCAUAUAAAUUCUACCAUGGCAAAACAGGCAAAGUUUUUAACGUCAGCGUCCAUGGAAUCGGUGUCAUUGUUAACAAACAAGUGAGAAACAGAAUUAUCAAGAAAAGAAUCAACGUCAGACCUGAACAUUUGACAAAGAGCAGAUGCAGAGAAGAGUUUUUGCAAAGGGUCAUUGAUAAUGAAAAAGCUAGAGGGGAAGGAAAGCUAAAUGAUUUGAAGAGAGAGCCUGUGGCACCAUCAGAAGGACAUUUUGUGGUUACUAAUUCCUCAUACACUAGCCAGCAAAAAAUUUUGCCUGUUUAUGGAAGGGUUAAUUUGUGUUUUUAAAAAAUUAAUAUAUAAAUUCAAUUAACAAAAAUUGGAAAGUAAAUUAUUUUUAAUUUAAAAGUACCCUAUAGAAUGCAAGCUGCUAUUACUAUUAAAAUUAUAAAGACGAUAAUAACGCCUAUCUUCUAAGUUUUUACCAUUUUUUCCGUUGCAAAUGCAAGCUGUUGAAUUCAAUAAAAUUAGCGAGAGAUUUUUUUAUUAUAAUAUUUAUAUCACUCAUAUUUAUAUAUAAAAAAUUUGUUUGCUUCAUAAUUAGAAGGAGUAAAGGAACUGAAGUCAUUGAUCAACACCCACCAGUCUAUAAGUUCAUUAUCUAA